UAUAAGUGUAUUUUACAUAUAUAUAGGGAGUUCUACGGUAACCAAGGUGAAAUCCGGGGUACCGUAUACACCGGCGGAUCCAGGGGGUGGCCAUCCCAGGCCUCGGCCCAGCCCUCUCUAGAUCCGUAGUUACUAUAGUCCUUAUGAAAUUUUUUAUUUUAGACAUUCAAUCCAGUGUUAUUUUAUGAUUAGAUUGGGUUUAACUAGAAAAAUUAUCAAGUUGAACAUAUUCAAAUCACUAUUCUAAAUUUAGCCUAGAAAUUUAGCCCCAAAGAUUAUGCGUCUUAAAAAAACAAUGAAACCUAAAAUUCUAAAAAGUUAAAAACGUAAAAGACUAAAAGAAAUAUGAGGUUUGUUCCCUUACAAAUUUACUAAAGCAGCUGGUGUGCAGGGAUGGACACACAAUGUAAAUUGAUUAGUCGAUUGAUUUAUCUAGUGUUGAUGCUGCUCGUUUCAACAGCUACUACGAAGAGAACUUUUUUAACAAUGAAACAUGUGAGAACUGAUUUGCUCAAAAAAUGAGCGGUGAAUUUCUCGCCGAUUGCUCAAGUAUUUUAUUUGAAACAGUGUAUACUAUUGGUAUGAAUGUAAACUUCAUUAUUGAUGCAUUUCCUAAAUUAAAAUACAGUUGUGUACAAUUUACAUUGCAAAAAACUAUAAUCAUUAUAUCUUUUUUACGGUUCUAAUUUUCUAAUGAAAUGCGGCCCAGUGCUCUUCUGUGUUCUGGAUCCGCCGUUGACCGUAUACCUUGAGUAAAAUGUAUCCAGAACUUGAAUUGACUGAUGUUUCAAACAUGAUACUAUACUCUUUGCAAGAACCGACGUGGCUCCCCAGCGGCCCAGCCUAGUACAUUCUGCCAUCACAAGCUGUUGGGCCGGGAAUUCGACUUUUCUUCUAUUCGGCCCAGAACCAAUCCACGACUACUAGAAAGCCCAAAAGUUUGACUAUGUCCGAAUCCAAAUCGCCUUCGGCCAUCUUCCCCUCCCGGCAAGUGCGCGAGGUUUCUGGAACUCUGUAGAACUUUCCGGAGUCACCUUCUCCCGUCAUUCUCCUGGUCGACUACUCGUUCGCCUGCUUCUCAUAUUUCGCGUUUUGCUUCGCUCGCCGUAUAAAGCUCAACUCUUUAGUGGUCAUCCGUAUCAGAUUUUGCUAAAGAAGCUAACUUUUGUUUUGCGGAGUGCUUUUUCUUCUAGGUUUUCUUUCCCCACCUUUGUGAAUUGAUAAUGGCGAAACCAGGACCCGACUGGGAUGGGUUGCUCAAGUGGAGUCUUGCCCACUCUGAUGGAACCGGGUCGAAUCGCAGCCUCAGCGAGGAGGAUCGAAGAUGGUUCACGGAAGCAAUGCAAUCUCAGACUGUCGAUGUGGUUAAGCGGAUGAAGGAGAUUACGCUGGUCAUGCAAACUCCACCGGAAGUCUUGGAGGCUCAUGGAGUUACUCCGGCGGAGAUUGAAGAUAUGCUGGAAGAGCUUCAAGACCAUGUGGAGUCUAUUGACAUGGCCAACGAUCUUUAUUCUAUUGGUGGUUUGGUACCUCUACUUGGUUACCUGAAGAACACACAUGCCAACAUUCGAGCAAAGGCUGCAGAGGUAGUAUCUACAAUCGCCCAGAACAAUCCCAAAAGUCAGCAACUGAUUAUGGAAGCAAAUGGGCUUGAACCUCUCUUGUCUAAUUUUGCGUCAGACCCAGAUGUAACUGUACGAACCAAGGCACUUGGUGCAAUAUCAUCCUUGGUCCGAAACAAUAAACCAGCCAUCACUGCAUUCCGCCUGGCUAAUGGUUUUGCAGGCUUGAGGGAUGCUCUGAACUCUGAUAAUGUGAGGUUCCAGAGGAAAGCAUUGAACUUGAUCAACUACCUCUUGAAAGAGAACACAGCAGAUUGCACCACUGUAAACGAGCUGGGAUUCCAACGCAUACUCUUACACCUUGCCUCGAGUGAACAUGGAGAUAUUCGUGAAGCUGCCCUUGGUGUCCUACUGGAGCUUGCUAAGCACGAUGUGGAUGUGGUUGGCAGGUCAACUGAGGAAGAUGAAAAAUUGAAGGCACUUCUCGAAGAACUGAUCAAAGGUAUUAGCUUGAUGUCCCCCGAAGAUCUUGGUGCAGCUAAAGAAGAGAGGCAACUAGUGGACACUCUUUGGGAAACUUACUUCAACGAGCCCUCAUCCCUUCGUGAGAAGGGCCUCCUUGUUCUCCCUGGAGAGUAUGAUGCGCAACCACCUGACGUGGCUAGCAAGCAAUUUGAGCCUCCUCUUAGAGCGUGGGCAGCAGCAAAUAAGGACACCACCGCUGAAAAGAAACAAAAUCCCCCACUUCUAUUAUGAGUUGGCCCUGCCUCAGGAUCUGGCUAAUGUCUCCGGCCCUAGAGUGCCGAGCAAAAGCAAAGAAGCAUGAGGUGAAGCAGAGUGCAACUUUCCAUCAUUGUCAAGAGUCGAGACUCCUGUAUUCCUGCAAAUCUAGUUUAUUGACGUAGUACUUCUUUGAUGUUAAGAGUUUAGCUUCAGCAGCACGUUCUCUUGAUUCCUGGCCAUUUCCUUCCUCUCCAUAGAGAAUCAUCACCUGUUGUAUAUUUAUAUCGUUUGUUCAUUUUGAUACUCAACAGUGCAGGGAACUGAGUGUUCCUAUUCUAUUGCUAGUAAUUUUCACGUAAGUUAUAUGUAACUUUCGUCUCUGAAGUAUCUGUUUUAACUAUUGAAUUCCUCUGUCAAAGCUAGUUUACUGAUUAGAU